AUGGAACUUUCAUGGGAAAGAGUUGAAUAUAGCGAACUUGUACAGCAAUGCCAAUCUUUUCAAUCUUACUUGAAAACUUCGAAAGUCUCUGUUGGUCAACAUAAUCAAGUGUUACAUGUACAAAAGAGCAUGGUUGAGAAGACGUCUGACUGGGAGCAGUACCUCAGGAAUUUGUUCAUCAAGGGCAGACAACCUGCGGCAACACACGUAUUCAUUUUCCUACUAUCUGAUAAAUGCCGUAACAAGAAACCUUAUUGUCUUCCUAUCCAGUAUGUGCCAUACCAUUCUCUGAAGGACCAGGAUGUACGAGAAUUGACCAAGAAUAUCAGGCAGGAUAUGGCUAAACUUGGAAUGCUUGCUAUUGGUUUGUAUGUUAUGUUUAUAAUAUAUAGAGUUUUCAUACUGGAUGCAACUGGUGGUCAACUGAGCUUAUUUGAUGCUGUCAAGACUCAAGGCCAUUAGCAUGUCCUUAGUUCCAGAAGGAUAUGAACCUUAUCCAUUCCGAAAUGGAGUUCCAGAAUGCCUGGAAGAUAUGCUCAAAUCCAUUGUUGCAACAUAUCGAUUUAGGACUACUGUCUCUAAGUAUAUGUCUGAGGGUGUAGACUUUUCAACUUAUCUUUACAUCCCAGAGAUUGAUGCGGAGUCUGGUGAGGCAUUCCACGGAAGAGAAAACCACUGCCAUAUACUGAAAGAAUCUGGAAGCACACAAGAAAGGAAGAACCACCAGAAACCAACUUACAGGGCUUUGACGAUGCAAUGUUAG